CCUUCGACUCCCAGCAUAUCUUCAGCUCUGUCGCCCAGUGUUGGUCUUCGAUCUUCCUCUUUACCACAUAAACCACCUCUUCAGCUGCAAACAUGACCCAGCUAGAGACAGCCAUGGCCAUCCUGAUGAAGACCUUCGAUACAUAUGCUGCCAGCGAGGGCAGCAAGGACUCCCUAAGCAAAGCCGAGGUCAAGACUUUGCUGGAGAAGGAGCUGCCUGGGCUGAUCAAGGAGGCGAAGAACCAAGAGGAGGUGGACAACCUGCUGAAAGGUCUGGAUUUUAACGGAGACUCUGAGGUGGACUUCAGCGAAUUUGUGGUGAUGGUUGCUGCUCUUACCUGUGCCUGCCACGACCGGAUUCCCAAGAAGUGAGCAGGGCGACUGCACCCCGGGGUGCGGCCAAAAGGCGAUAACAACGACAUAAAACCUCUGUAGUGACUGU